AUGAACAAUAUUGAUAUCGGUCGAUACAAGCGUAUCGUCCAGUAUUUCUGGGACCCCGAACCCAAAAAUGACGAAGGGUCGGGUUCUCAAGUAUGGUGUCUCGGGCAUGAAUACGUAACGCAAGAUGCCGACUGCAUAACAGAUGGCAACCAGGCACUAUCCGCGGAUGAAACGCCCAGCACUUCCGAAGAAAACAAGACAGUAGAAGAUGACGCUAACUCAACAGACGACCGAAAUGUGGAAAAGAGGACUGCCAAAUCAGAAAACAGAUCGAACAACGCUCUUGGAUGGCCCAAGGCGUUUUUGGAUGACUUUGAGUCUAGGAUUUGGAUGACGUACAGGUCAAACUUCCCCCUUAUCCCUAAGUCAGAAGAUGUGAAUGCAACACAGAGUAUGACACUUGGCGUUCGUUUACGAAGUCAGCUCAUUGACCAUCAAGGCUUCACGUCUGAUACUGGCUGGGGUUGUAUGAUACGGUCAGGUCAGAGUCUACUAGCCAACGCUUUAUCUAUUUCAAAACUGGGCCGAGACUGGCGGCGAGGAACAAAGGUCGAAGAUGAGAGCAGGCUGCUGUCUAUAUUCGCUGACGAGCCUAGCGCACCCUUCUCAAUCCACCGCUUCGUAAGCCAUGGGUCGUUAUUCUGUGGAAAGCACCCGGGGGAAUGGUUUGGCCCAUCAGCAGCAGCCAGAUGUAUACAGACCCUCUGCGAAGAAUAUCAAGACGCAGGACUCAAGGUUUACGUGACCAACGACAGUUCAGACGUCUACGAAGAGCAAUUCAAAGCUAUCGCCGUUGACAAGUCAGGAAGCAUUCAACCGACUUUGAUCCUACUGGGGAUCAGGCUCGGAAUCGAUCGCGUGACACCGAUAUAUCGCAAAAGUCUCGAAGCAACACUUAAGAUGCCACAGUCGGUAGGGAUUGCAGGCGGGCGACCAUCUGCAUCACAUUAUUUCAUAGGGGCCCAGAAUCCUUAUUUCUUUUACCUCGAUCCUCAUCAUACUAGACCGGCGCUGGAACCGAAAGAACCGGGACAAACGUACACCCAAACAGAAUUAGACAGUUAUCAUACUCGCAGGCUUCGAAGAUUGCACGUUGACGAUAUGGACCCUAGCAUGCUUGUCGGGUUUCUGAUAAAAGAUGAACAUGAUUGGCAAGAUUGGAAACAACGAGCUGGCUCACUACAUGAGAUGGGAAAAGCUAUUGUUCAUGUUAUUAGUUCAGAAGUAGUUCCCAGCCCGUCAGUCGAAAGAGCAGCAGCGCUGGAUGAAGUUGAAGCGCUCGACGAUAGCGAUCAAGAAUAG